AAAGCCAUAGCCCUUCACCGGCCUUCCUUUCCCCAACAAAUCUAACUCUCUCUCUCUCUCUGCUUUGUAUGCCCCGAACAUGGUGCACAGCUUCCACCCCUACACGGCGGCCUCGGCCCGCUUCCGGCAAAUCUCGGUGCCCUUCAACCUGCGCAAGACAAAGCCAUGGUGGUCGGAGAUCUUGGACCCGGGAUCCGAAACAGUGACACGGUGGAACUACAUCUUCUUCGUGAUCUGCAUCAUGGGCCUCUUCCUCGACCCCCUUUUCUUCUUCUUACCCCUCAUCGGCGGAAAAGCCUGCAUGGAGACCGACCUCCAAAUCAGCAUCUAUGUCACCUCCAUCCGCACAAUCGCCGACUUGUUCUACAUCUUCCACAUUAUCAUCAAGUUUCGUAUUGCCUUUAUUGCCCCUGGCUCUAGGGUUUUCGGCCGCGGCCAGCUCGUUAAGGACCCCUGGGCCAUUGCCUCGCGCUACCUCAAAAAGGACUUCUCCAUUGACCUAGCCGCCUGUCUACCACUCCCCCAGAUUAUGAUUUGGUUUGUGAUUCCAGCGACGAGAAACUCAACAGCUGCUUAUACUAAUCAUACACUUUCUUUGAUCGUUCUCAUUCAAUACAUCCCCCGAUUUAUUCAGCUUUUCCCUCUAAACCGGCGGAUUGCUAAGAACACUGGUGUUGUAGCCAAGACUGCUUGGUCAGGGGCAGUGUACAAUCUUAUUCUUUUUGCGCUAACUGCACAUAUUGUUGGAUCUUCGUGGUAUGUGUUGUCCAUUAAACGGCAGUACGAGUGUUGGAAACAGGAAUGUGGCAAGGAACAUAAUGGGACACAUUCUCCAUCCUGUAAUCUUGAGUUUCUUGAUUGUAAAACUACAAAUAAUCGUGAACGCCAAGCUUGGUUGGAGAAAACAAACGUGAGUGAGAACUGCGAUGCUAUAAAUGAUGAGGGAAAAUUUCAGUUUGGAAUGUUUAAAGAGGCAUUCAAAAAUGACGUCGCUUCUGCACCCUUCAUUAGUAAAUAUUUCUAUUGCCUUUGGUGGGGUAUGAGAAAUUUAUGUGCAUAUGGACAAGAUAUUGAAGUAAGCACUAUGGUUGGUGAAACCUCGUUUUGCAUUACCAUUGCGUCAAUUGGCCUCGUCCAGUUUUCACAUCUCAUGAGUCAGAUACAGACCUUUCUGCAAUCUACGACGGCUAGACUUGAAGAGUGGAGGGUCAAAAGAAGAGACACAGAGGAGUGGAUGAGGCACCGUCAACUCCCUCCAGAAUUGCAAGAACGUGUGCGUCGGUUUGUUCAAUAUCAGUGGAUUGCCACAAGAGGUGUUGAUGAAAAAUCCAUCUUAAAUUCCCUGCCUUUGGAUAUACGACGUCAAAUUCAAAGGCAUCUAUGCCUUGCCCAUGUUCGCCGAGUUCCCUUCUUCGCACAAAUGGAUGAUCAGCUCUUGGACGCCAUAUGCGAACGCCUCAAGUCAUCCUUAAAUACCAGAGACACACACAUCUUUCGGGAGGGUGCUCCGGUGAGUGAGAUGCUUUUCAUUGUCAGAGGGCAACUCGAAAGCUCCACGACUGAUGGUGGAAGGACAGGAUUCUUCAACUCCAUCACCCUAAGAGCCGGUGACUUCUGUGGUGAAGAGUUGCUGACAUGGGCCUUAAUGCCUUCAUCCAGUCUAAACCUUCCGGUCUCAACUCGAACUGUGAAGUCCCUCACUGAAGUCGAGGCAUUUGCACUCCGAGCUGAAGACCUCAAGUAUGUUGCGAGUCAAUUUAAGCGCCUUCACAGCAAAAAACUGCAGCACGCAUUUAGGUACUACUCCCACCAGUGGAGGACUUGGGGAGCUUGUUAUAUACAAGUUGCGUGGAGACGAUACAAAAAGAGGAAAUUGGCGCUGGAUUUGUUGAGAGAGGAGGAGUACUAUUACACACAUGUUUUGGACCAAGACCCUGACUAUAACAAUGGAUCAACUAGUGGUGCAGACGACGACGAUGACGACGACAACGACGAUGAAGGUCCAAGUAAGACCUCAUCGCUGCGUCGUAUGGCAGAGCAAUUGCACAUUCCACUCGGGCCUGCAAUUUUGGCUUCGAAGUUUGCUGCAACCACCAAAAGAGGACUUCAGAAGGUGGCAACACGGCUUGACCGUGAAACUAGCAGUGCCAAAAUGCCCAAAAAGUUGUUUAAGCCGAACGAGCCAGAUUUCUCAAAAGAUAGUUGAGUGUCGAUCCAAAUCAUUUUUAAGUAUCACAGUAAAUCUUAGAGUGAUUCCCAAUGAGUUUAACUUAAUUAGGAUUAUUGUGACUUGUAAAUAAUCGACUAUUAUGCUGCAUUCCCAUGUGUGAAGUGAAUCUAAAAUAUUGUAUCUUGACCACCAAUUUUUCUUAUAUGCAGUG